GUGCCGGAGAGCCCUGUCGCUUUAAGCCUAAGCCCUGGUUUCCCAGGAGACUUAGGAGGGCAGUGGAGAGUGCCCGCCUACCUGGGGAACCUGCGCGAGGUGUGGCCAGAGAGGCUCGGGAUGCGAGGUGGGCGGGGGCGGGCUGAAAGUUGGGCAAGCAGGAAGUGAACCGACGGCUGCCCGAAAGGAAACAGACUAGGCGAGAGUCCUGCUGCCGACAGGCCCGAGCCGCUCGGAAACAUGGAGGAGGCCAGUGGUGGUGGAGGAGAUGACCGUGUGCGAAACCUGCAGAGUGAAGUGGAGGGAGUCAAGAAUAUUAUGACCCAGAAUGUGGAGCGGAUCCUGGCCCGGGGAGAAAACUUGGACCAUCUCCGUAACAAGACAGAGGAUCUGGAAGCCACAUCCGGGAAGCACGGCCCAGGGAAACAAUUUCUGCAAUUCAAGUUGGGAGAGGAAGAGCAUUUUCCCUCAGUUCCAACCCCUGUACUGCCCUGGUCCCUCCUCCAGCUUCAGCAGUCCUCACGUGGCCAGAAGUUAUGGAACCAGGGAGAUGUGUCCACCUGGAGCCUGCACCCCUCAGCCCCAGUGUCUGCCCUCCCAAGGUCCGAGCACUUCAAGACCACAUCGCAGAAGGUGGCUCGGAAGUUCUGGUGGAAGAAUGUGAAGAUGAUCGUCCUCAUCUGCGUGAUUGUUUUUAUCAUCGUCCUCUUCAUCGUGCUCUUUGCCACGGGUGCCAUCCCUUAAGUAACUUAGGGAACCCCUCCCACCCUGCCCUCUUCUUCGGGGGCAACCUUCCAUAGUGGGUGCCAAGAGGGACCCUCUCUCCUGUCCUUCUCCGCAGGAAAUGGUGCUCCAUCCUCCCGCCCCUCACUCUGAGGCCCCUCUACCACACUGUCUGCGCCAGGGAGCACCUUGGUCCCCAGAAGGAGAGAGCUGGACUGUGGCUGUGUUUCAGGGGUCCUCAGAGUUGGUUGGAGAGACCCAGAAGGGCCAGCACAUGGCUGGGAAACUGAUGGAACUGAGGGUGGCCAGUGGGCAAUAAAGACCUUUCAGUAUCCCUA